CCUGCCCGACGGGACAAGCCGCGAGCGGCUCAACUCGACCAUCGCCAUCACUGUCUUCGCGCCGUCCGACCUCGGUGCCGCUUCCAGCUGACGUGCUCACUCAAACAUGACGUCGACCAUGGCUGCCACGUCGGGCGUGCCGACCGCCGGCGGAGGGCCGACCUUGGUCGCCCGCGCCAGCAGCUGCGUUCCGCGGACCCGCGAUGCUGUCGCGCCGCCAGACGACGAGUCGCAGAUCGAUGACGACGAGUCGGACUCCGAGCACCCACCGCUGACCACGCUCUCUAGCGACGCCGUCGGCGUUGACUCGGAUCCGCCGCCGCCCUGCAGCGCAGCGAGGCCGCGGGCAAGAUCGGCGUCGAGCGCCAGGCUGGAAGUGAGGGCGUGCCAUUCGCUCGAGCUCGCAUGCGAGCUGUCACUGCUACUUGUUGAGCCCGUUGCUUGCUCCAGCGCAGCCCGCUUGUGGGCAAUGGCGAGGAGGAUGUGGUCGACGUCCGGCUCGUUCUCGUCCAGCAGGACCGACGACGACGCCGGCGACGCCGAUGACGCCGACGAGCCGGCCGCACCCGCGCGGUCAAGCUGACGCGAUAGCCGCGCCAGCUGGCCCUCCACCGUCGCCUCCAGGUCUGAGUCGAGCGAGGAGAAUGAAGACAUCGACCAGCUCCG